UCAAAAAUAUAUCCAAACUUUCCAAAAGUAAACAGAAACAAACAAAUAUGGAAAACAAACUCGUGUUCUGUCUGCUACUGCUCUCGGUUUCAGUUGCAACUUCACAGCCCGUGAUCGAUCCUUUGACUUUCCUCCGAUGUAUCGUACGACAAGGAUCGAACCCACCGAGUCAAACCUCCGAGGUCACCUACAUCCCAACAAACUCCUCAUUCACCACCGUCCUCCGCCGCCGCAUACCCAACCUCCGUUUCGACAAACCCACCACCCCAAAACCCAUCGCCGUCAUCACCGUCAAAGAUUGGUCACAAAUCGGGACGGCGCUAGCAUGCGCACGCGAGCUCUCUGUCCAGGUCAGAAUCCGAAGCGGAGGCCACGACUACGAAGGACUCUCUUACACCUCCACAGUCCCGUUUUUCGUCAUCGACAUGUUCAGUUUCAGAUCGAUCGAAGUCAACCUCACCGAGGGAACGGCUUGGGUAGAUUCCGGCGCCACCAUCGGAGAGCUUUAUUACCGGAUCGCAGAGAAGACCAAUGCCUUUGGGUUUCCAGCGGGUUUGUCUCCGACGUUAGGCGUUGGUGGGCAUUUCAGCGGUGGAGGGUACGGAACGAUGAUGAGAAAGUACGGCUUGUCUGUGGACAACGUUGUCGGGUCAGGAAUAAUUGAUUCGAACGGGAAUAUCUAUACCGAUCGAGUAUCGAUGGGAGAAGAUCGUUUCUGGGCGAUUCGAGGAGGUGGGGCGGCGAGUUUCGGCAUCGUGCUGGGAUACAGGAUCCGACUUGUCCCGGUGCCGGAGAGAGUUACGGUGUUUAGUGUCCGAAAAACCGUAGGAGAUGGAGCUUUGGAUCUUAUAAUGAAGUGGCAGAGUUUCGCUCACAGUACAGAUCGGAACAUGUUCGUGAGGCUGUCGUUGACUAUAGUCAACGGAACGAAGGCUGGUGAAAAGACUGUUUUAGCCUCCUUCGUUGGGAUGUAUUUAGGCGGGUCGAGUAAGACGUUGAACGUGAUGAACCGGGAUUUCCCGGAACUAAAGCUGAAGAGAACCGACUGUACCGAAAUGAGAUGGAUCGAUUCGGUUCUGUUCUGGGCCGGUUAUCCGAUCGGUACACCAACUUCCGUACUGUUGGACACGACAGUUACGAACAAGUUGUUCAUGAAACGUAAAUCAGACUACGUGAAGCAGCCAAUUUCGAGAACCGGUCUUGAUUUGAUACUCAAGAAACUGGUGGAAGUUGAGAAAGUUGAAAUGAAUUGGAAUCCGUACGGAGGACGAAUGGGUGAGAUCACGAAUUCGAGAACGCCGUUCCCACAUAGAGCAGGCAACCUGUUCAACAUUGAGUAUGUUAUAGACUGGUCAGAAGCUGGAGAUGCCGUGGAGAAGGAUUACUUGUCACGUGCAAGAGAGAUGCAUGGGUUCAUGACCCCGUACGUGUCUAGUAAUCCGAGGGAGGCGUAUCUUAAUUACCGUGAUCUUGACAUAGGGUCAGGCGGUAAUUCAACCAUGUACGAAGGAGGUAAAGUCUAUGGAGCUAAAUAUUUCAAAGACAAUUUCGAGAGGUUGGUGAAUAUUAAAUCCAUCUAUGAUGAGAUAAACUUCUGGAGGAACGAACAAAGUAUUCCGGUUCGGAAAUAAUAAGUACGGACACGAUCACAGAAGUGUUGUAUGAUUUGUGAAAUGAAUGAAUUAAGUUUUUCAGCAAGUAAAGCAAGAAAUAUGUAUUAAAAUUCUGUUCAAUAAAAUGUUGUGAGAUGUA